CUGCGGCUAGGUGAAAAUUUGUUUACUUGCGGAAUUCGUGCAUUGCGAUUGCGAUGGAGUCGAACCUGAAUAAAGUUUUAAACAUGAACCGACAGCAACUGAGCGGCCAGCUUUAUAAAUAUACCAACGUGGUAAAGGGUUGGCAGUAUAGAUGGUUCAGCGUGGAUGCCCAGGGCGGAAUGCUCAGUUACUACCUGCCACUGUGCGAACCCGCAGGAGAUGAUUCAAGCCCCCAGCUGGUGGGUAACGUUCCCCGGGGUCAGGUGCAUCUCGCCGGUGCCGUCAUUUGUCCAAGUGACGAAGACUCGAAAACUUUUACCGUAAACUGUGCAUCGGGUGACAUGAUGAAGUUGAGAGCCGGUGACGCCCGCGCCCGCCAGGAAUGGGUCGAUGGACUGCGCGCUGUAGUUGAGAGUCACUCCAAUUCGACCGGUACGGCACUUCCUCCACGCGACCAAUUGGCCGCUCACGAUGCGUUCGGUGCGGCUCGACAGCAGCUACAGCAGACAGAAUUGAGCAAUGCAGCAUUGGCGCGUGCAAUCGAGAAUCUAACCGGACCGCCAUUGCCCACCGACCCCGAUCUGUUGGUGCUGAAAGCGCUUUCUGCUGCCAACACGCACUGUUUGCUCCAAUGCCUGGGAUUACUGCAAAGGCAUCAUGAACUGGGUCCCGACGCGAGACUGGAGCAAAGUUUCUAAUCUUAGCCGCGCGGGACGAUAGUCGGAUCUUGGGCUGACGAUCCGCGUUCUCUUGCCCGCGAACCACCAGCAACCUAGGUCGGUGCUCGGCACCCCACUUGGGAGUAUAUCAUAGACACAGAACCCAAAUACA